AUGGCUCAAUUAAACUUAACAUUUUCUCGAAUCUAUUCAUGUUUACCUAUUUAUUUUACGUAUAGUAUUCAAUGCGACAAGACAGAUCAUUCAGGGGUUGUUAUUGUCUUCAAUGUCGGAUUGGAUUAUCCACAAAGUUUGUCAUGUCAAACGCUGCCCUGUCAAAUUGAGUUUUUUACUGAUGUUCAUGCAAAAUUCAGCAGUGCGGCGAAUGUCAAUCUCGCAGCUGACGAUGGAAGCAACAUACCUGUAGAACUGUGUCAUGUUCAAUCGUUGGCUGAUGGCAGUAAUCUAAAUAGUAGUAGUUCCAGUGGUAUUGAUGUUAAAUCCACAACAACUACAACAACCACAAGCACAACUACAAAAUCUACAACUACGACAACCGCAAGCACAACUACAAAAUCUACAACUACAACAGCCACAAGCACAACAACUACGACCACAACUAAAACUACAUCUACAACUACAACGACCACAAGCACAUCAACCGCAACUACAUCAACUACAACUACAACUACAACAACCACAACUACGUCAACUACAACUACGUCAACUACAACUACAACAACCACAACUACAUCAACUACAACAACCUCAAGUACAACAACUACUACUACAACAACGACAACUACAACGUCUACAACAUCUACAACGUCUACAACAUCUACAACGACAACAACUACUACAACUGCAUCAACCUCAAGUACAACAACUACUACAACUGCAUCAACCUCAAGUACAACAACUACUACGACUACUACAACAACGACGACAACAAGCACAGACACAUCAGGAUGUUAUUAUGGUGAGGAUCUUGUUAGUUUGGUUGAAGGUGGACAACGCCGUAUAAAACAUUUAAAAGUUGGUGAUAAAGUUUGGUCAAUUAACGAUCAUAAUUAUGAACUUAUUGAAGAUGAAAUUAUUUUAAUGAUGCAUAAUGGACCAAAUCAAAAAGUUAUAUUUUAUACAUUUCAAAGUGUCGAAGGUGGUAAAUUUAGUUUAACAGGAGCUCAUAAUAUACCUGUAUUCGAUACAAUUGAAAAUAAAAUGAAAAUAAAACGUGCAUCAUUAGUAACUAUGCAAGAUCGUUUAAUUAUGUUUGGUAAAACAGUUGAAAUAACAAAUAUAUUAAUAACAAUUAAUCAAGGUUUUUAUUCUCCACUUACGUUAAGUAGUUAUUUAAUGGUUAAUAAUGUAUCAACAUCAGUCUUUUCUGAAAAUUAUAAAGUAUCAUCAAGAACAGUACAUUUAGUAUUUAUACCAAUUCGGAUUUAUUAUCAUAUAACACGAUGGAUAUAUGGAAAUAACUAUAAUCCAUUUGUAGAAAUAGAAGAAGGUUUACAUCCAAUUCCUUAUUUUUAUAAACAACAGCAAGCUAAAAUGAGAUUUGUAUUUUUGAAAUUCCCAAAAUAUUUAUUUUCAACUAUUAUUAUAAUCAUUAUUAUACAUUUUGUUCAAAAAUGGACAAUUAAAUUAUUAUCAAAACAUAAAUAA